CCUGAUUUGCCGCCAAUUUUAAUAAGUGUGGCUAAAAUUGCGGGAUUCUUUUCCUCGAGAGUUGGUAAAUUUUAUGAGUAAUAAGAAAACGUUAACUACCAGAUAGACAAGUAUGUGGAACGACACAAGUAAGUACUUUCCUUGUGGCCCACCGUAAUAGCUUUCUUUGUCCAUACUUCUGUUAUUAUCGCCUGAUAAUGCCUCGCAUUCUAGUCGUCGUUUCUAGCUAGUCUGCCUAACUUAAUUGAAUUUUAAUUUUAAAUGAACAGGUUUCUCUCAAACUUUUGCUUUACAUGCACAAGUUUGCUACUAUAUUCUACUACGUAUCCAUCGCCGUUGGAAUAACGUUGUCUUUGACUACACCGUUGAGAAAAGCGAGCCGGUAAAACAGCUCCUCGUUCGACUAGUUAUGCAAGCGUUCAAUUGUACAUUCUAAAGUGUUUGAAAAACUGUGCAGAAAUUUCUUUCAGUCUGUGUAUAUGCAUAGCGACAUGUAAUUGUAGGAGAUUGGGCCUUGCACAGUAUCUCCUCAAUGGUCAAUCAGAUUUUAUGCAUUUUAUGGUGCAAGCGUUAGCUACACUGAAUCGAACACUAGUGUCAUGUCUCCAUGUCCUUUAGUGUCACAGCAGAGAACUGGGUUGUUGUUAGGAAGCUUAAAUUGAUCUCCAUCCUUGUUUGAGAGGAAUGUUUACGUCAUAUGUGGGAUUACCUUCCAGACCUGACUUCAUGUGAAGCAAGACCUCUCCAUAAAAUGUUUUGUUUCUCAUCAAAUGACUGCCAUUUUUAGAAAAAGUUUUAAAAAAAAAAAAAAAAAAAAAAUGAGGAAAAAAUUUAACACGCAUUGUUGGAAUUUUAGUGGUAAAGGAAGUUCUUAUUCUAAAUUAAAAAAAUCUAAAUUUUUAAAGAAUGGAGAUAAAGACUUUCUUCUGAAUGAGAACUGCAUAGAUCUGAUUUUCUCGGGUGCAUUAUAUUGAGAGCAUAAGGGUUAAGGAAACAAUUUUAACAAAAGGGAAACAGUCAUAUCCAGACUUAUCUGAAACUCAUGCACUCUGGAAUAAUUCUUUCUUGUCUUUUCUUUUGAUUGGGAACAAUGUAGUAUUCUGACAAUAUCACUAACAAUCUGAGCAAUAUUACAUUUUAAACCCCUUAUGAUUUACUCAUGUGAGUUAGUCACACCAACCUUUUUUCUGUUUUGUUUCCUCUUAGAUCAGUUUGGUGGUGGAUAUCAGGUAUUUAAAGCUGUUUCUAUGGUUAAAAAUAAUUUGAUGAAUGCAGUAGCGUGUAAACAUCUGAAACCUUUGAUUUCUAUAACCAUUCAAUAAUCUAUAUCACUUGUGCCUUUUACAGCCAAAUGUUCUCAAGAGAUUAAAGAUCUGAGAACUCUUUGCUCUCCUUGCAGAAUUAUCAGUUUGUCUCACUGACCAGCUCCUUGUUUCUUUUAGUCAAUGGAUACUGGUUUUGGAGGUGGAGGUUACAUGCAAGAUGCUGGGGGAUUUGGUUCCCCAAUGACAGACUCCCAGGAAAAGAAGGUGAGUCAUUUGAAGUAUUUGCUGGAUGAUUUAACAAGUUUGUUGAAACUCUUAAAACAGACAUGUGUCAAAUGUGUUUUGUUUUUAUAAUUGCUUGUUUUUCAGCGCUCCCCAAUGAGAGCUCAGUCCAUCCUUCCAUGCUCCAUCAAGCAGCUUCACAGUGCAACAUAUAACCAAACAGAAGAUGCCUUCAAACUAGGGAAUAUUGAGUUGAACCAGGUUUGUACUAUUAAGAGUCCUUGUCUGUGUAGCAGAUACAUGCUGUAAACAAACUGCUUUAUUUGCCGUAUGUGUUUGUUCAUUUUCUUGUUGCACAUGUCUGUAAUGUAAUUCAAUAACAGUUCAUGUAACAAUAGUGAUUAUGGAUGUUAAACACUUAACUCCCAGAGGUGAUUAAAAUGUAACUUCUUCCUAAAUUAUCCAUACAUUAUCCAGUAAACAGGUAAUGAGAAUACUCAAAGUUAUCAGGUAGAAGUUAUUAUCUUAAUCUAUCAGCAGAUUCUCAUAACUAAUUUCAAGGAAAUGUGUAGCAGCUCAGUAGAGGGGAGAAUUAACAAUUGAAUCAUGCGAGGUAAAGGGUUAACACCCUGUGAGCAGGGAUUCUUGGAUAUUUUCUUGUAAGAACAGCAAACCCCUCUGCAUGCUUCAUCCUUUGGCAUUAAGUGAUUAAAGUAAGUAUUUUUAUUUUCAGUUAUAUUUACAACUGCAACCUGUACUUUCCCUCUACUUUGUAUACACUUACAGGUUUCAGUGGUUGGUGUCAUUCGGGAUGCACAAGAGUCAGCAACUAAUAUUAUGUACACAAUUAAUGAUAUGACUGGGGAGGACAUCAUUGUGAGAAAAUGGCUGGAAAAUGAGGUUUGAUUUUUACUUCAUCAUGUAAUAUUGUGGUUGGCUUGAUCAAUUCAUCAAGUAGUGAAUCAGUUGAUCUUCAGUCAAUUGACCUAUAAAGUAAUCAACCAAUUUACAGUUAAGUUUGUGGAUGUAGUUUUUAUUUAUGCUUUUAAAAUUUUACAUUUCACAAUUUGUUUCUGAUUAUUCAUCAGAAUGAAAUUUUGAUACUGUUGUAUUUUUGAUUAGUUUAUGAAACUGCUUUUGAUAGAUUUGUUGAAUCAGAAAUGUUGUUGCCAGAUGCAUGUGCCUUCUUCAAAAACUCUCCUGUUUUGUGUUCUUGAUAAUAGGUAAAUCACUAUAUUUGAAAAUCAAUAAUUUGACAUUUAACAAUAAAUAAUGUAUUCAAACAAUCAAGCAUAAAUUUUUGUCAUCUUGUGCUCCAGCUGCAAAUAUUUAGUGAAUCAGUGAAGUUUAAUUUUACUUCCCUUGGCAAAUGUUCUUGUUAGAAUUUGAAUGAUUAUUUUUAAUCAGUUUGCAUAAUCAAACUGUUGUUAAUAAAUUGACUUUUAGGAAAGUGAUGCAGAGAAGGACAAACGAUCAUCCUGCAGGUAAAAAUGUUUAAAAAAAACAGGGAGUAUACAGAUACAAGAACAGCAUUUUCUUCUUUAAUUAUUAGUUGCAUUUCAAGGGAAAUGGCACAGCCUGCAUAACAUAUAGCAAGUCUCAAAGAAGGCAGCACAGAGUUACAAGUCUUUAUGAUGUGAGAAAGAACUAAAAAACAAAACCAAAACGUUUUUUGCAGAGGUAAGAGGCUCCAAAACAAAGUUUCUUAACUUAUGUGCUCAUUUUCUUUUUUUCUAGGGAAAACACUUAUGUUCGAGUAAUUGGUCACCUUAAGUCAUUCAGAGAGAACAGUCGCAGUUUAAUAGCCUACAGCCUAAAUCCUGUCGUGGACUUCAAUGAAAUUACUUAUCAUAUGAUUGAUGUUAUUCAUUCUCACUUGGCAUUAAGUAAGGUAAUAUACCUUUCAGUACACAUUUUAUUUUAUUUUGAUAUGUUUCUUGGGAAAAUUUAUUCUGAAUAGUAGUGCUGCUUGCUGUCUACUCUCUCAAGAGAUAAUGGCCCAUCUACUGAGGGAUGCUCAGCAUAUUUGUUUCAAUGUUGUAACUGCCUCCUAAGCCAGGAGAGAUAGGAGAUAAAUAUAUGUUAAUUAACCUAAAAGUAUAAUUUCAAAAGAAAAAAUAUCUGCAAUUUGUAGAAGAUUUUUUUUUUCGUCAGAAGAGAAAUGUAGAAGGGGAAAUGAGGGACAGAGGCUGGACAUGGGUGAAGCUUGACAGCCUGGCAACUAACAGAAAUCAGUGAUGUCCACUGGCUGAGACCUUAUGCAUAAAUGCACAUGGAGGAAUGACUACAUUUUUUUCCUCAAUCAUUGACAGUCCUUCAUGUUUAUCAUGCCUCUUUUUCAAAUGGUUCUUCUUUUUACUUAUAGCAAUCUGAAAUGACUAGUAUGACAACUCCUAUGAAACACACAACUCCUGGGCGAGGCUUCCAGGGUCAGAUGACAACACCUGGCAAGAUGAGCCAAGGAUUUGGAGGAAACAUGGGAGGAACAAGUGCUGGGCUCAGUGGUAUUCAAAAUGAGGUUUGAGUCCAAAAUUAUGACUUUGUUCUGUUUUAUUACUUAAUAUGUGGAAGACGCAAUGGUCAGUGUGCUGGACUCUGGGUAGAAAGGUCUGGCUUUGAGACCAGGUUGGGUUAAUGUGUUGUGUUCUUAAGCAAGACACUUUAUGUUCAUAGUGCCUCUCUCUCUCUCUCUCUCCACCCAGGAGUAUAAAUGUGUACUGGCAAAUUGUCAGGGGAAGCCUGAUGAAAUGCUACUCCAGUUCAUAUGGGGGGGAGGGGGGGGGGAGGUGUUGUCUGGAGUUAAUGACACUGAUUUUAAUGUGUGGUUAACUAUUACUUUUUGGAAGGAACAGCUCUUUUUAUUGUUUUCACCAAUUUGUAAUUUUGUACUAUUUUCGGGUUUGCAGUAACAUAAGUUUUUUUGCUUCAGAUUCACAGAAUGAUUACAUCAUGCCAACACGAGGAAGGCAUGUCUGUAGCUGAAAUUAAACAAAAAGUUAGAACAUCAGAACAACAAAUCAGGUGAGGUUGGCCUUCACAGUUUGAAGCUAAGCAUCAUUUAGCCAAGAAUCAAGGAUGUUUGGUUUAUGCCAGAAACAAUGAGAAUACUGACAAAAUUUUGCAAAAGAAUUUACAGUUAAAUGUGAAUUAUAAGUCAAAACCCUGGAUGGAAAAAAACAGCAAAAGACUUUCACAGUGACUUGUCCCUUUACACCCUAAAAUCAGUAUGCUUAUUUUACUUACUGUUUUUAUACAUUUCCCAUGGUGCUGACAAGGAAAAUUUGUUUAACAAUCAAGACCUUCUUCAUUUGGGGAUUAUUCCUUUAUUCUCAUGACCUCAAUGUUUCAUUCAUGGGGUGAUAUUGUAAGGAGAAACUAGAUGCUGGUCACCCUUUUGGCUUAAAUCUGAAUUGUUAGUCAAAACUCUGGCUGGGAGCAAACUUCUAAAGACUUUUUUUUUUUUUUUCUUUUUUCCCUUUUUUAGGAGUACUUUAGAAUGGCUCAGCAAUGAAGGCCACAUCUACUCCACCAUAGAUGAUGAUCACUUCAGAUCUACAGACAGUUAUUGAGAAGAUUUAAGUCCACUUCCUCUUUUCACUUGCUGUAGUAAUACAUGCAACCAUAAGAUCAUGACAGACUACAGUUGUUUAGCCCAAAUAGCUGAGAUACAAAAACACUAUGCUAGCAUACUGAAGUAGCAAAAAGACAUCAUCACUUUGCUAUGCAAGUCUGUCACCAAUCUUAUUCCAUACCUGACAUAUUGAAAAGAACACAUGAUACUUAGUAGACACUUAGUUCUGUUUUGUUUAUUUGGUCUUUGUGUUUGUUUGUUCAUGUAUUUUCAGCAUGGUCUUGUCCUCAUGUUGGGCUACAUUUGAUAUCACUUAAGUGUUAGUAUAUUUAGUGUUUAGUGGGUUAUCCUCAAUAGUUAAAUGAAUUUUAUUACCUGCUGAAAAUUUAACAGUGAUAAUCAUGCAUGAAAGAUAUAAAUUCUGUUUUGUUAUAGUUAUUUGUAAAAAUGAGCACUGGUAAUGUUAGUACCCUUUGAUAGUACCAAUGCAAAUGCAGAUAAGCAAACAACUAUCCAAACAAUGAACGAAACAAACCUAACCUUCUUUUCAACAGGUUAUUUGCAGUCUCUUUUAACUGCGAUUUUUAGUCCUUGCAACCACAGUCUCGAUUGGGUCACUGAGUUGCACUUUCAGUGUUUUUUGUUAUUCAUUUGUAAUAAUCAUGCAGGUCAGGAUAGGUUGAGCUAAAUGAGUACAGAAAGCAAAAUAUUUUUCCUACCGAGCUGUUUGCCUAACCUUUUGUACAACACAAUUAAACGCAACGUAACGUGGA